GGCCCUUUCUGCCCAAAGAGGAAAUUCGAAUGUCAUGGUGUCUUCUUUGAGAUGUUCGCUUGAGACUCGUCUCGACUCCCAAUCUCGACCUUGACCCAUUUCCAUCUUACGAUAUAUGUAUCAGCCGGCCCGCAUUUUCCUCUUCUUCAUCCACUACUUGAGAACUUCUACACCCUGCCAAUCUCGGGCCAGUACCUCUCUACCUAGCUGAUGCUGAUGUCUCCAAACUGACCUUCCUAGUUAACGCUGCGUGGGCAGCCCUCCCAUCUCAAGAGUACCAGUCUGCCUGGUCGGCCUGCGGUCAUUGACCGUGGCACCAUGGCACCAUGGCAAACCUCGAUACAUCUCCACCCCACUUCUCCCAGCCCUGUCGCCAUCUUCAACGUCGUCUGACCUUCAGCUGAUCCUUCCUGAUCCUCCCUGAUCCCCGUGCCUGACAUUUCUGCAAAGCCCUGAUUAGGCGCCCGGCUUCGAAUGGGACCCGACCUCGCCUGUCUUGAGAUACCUCGAUCACAGCGACCCCUUUGCACCUCUUUGGCUCCAUCUCUCACACCACCUUGAACAACUCCUGGGUCUCCUUCAAUCUCGCCAUUCAUCUUGGUCUGAGCGCAUGGUCAGGUGUGGGUGCCGUCAGCCUGUCCUCACCCUGUGCAGAUCAAAACCAGACAAGCUGGAGAAACCGGAAUGGGCCCGUCCGACUGCCAUGUAGGUGUGCAUUCGUCUGCUUCACCCCAACCCCACGUACAGACUCCUCUGAUCAUGUUCCAUCCUCGCCAAAGGCUCAAGGAACGAUCCGCAGUUGGGCACCUCCAUGACGUCUGUUUUGGCCUACACCACAUUGGGAAUGUCGAUAUCUCACAAACACAACAGUCUGUCGUAGUUCCAUGCUUGUAUCGCCUUGCGGUCCACUUUGUCCUCCCGGCUUUGAUAUUGGCUAGGUCGCACAGCGUGGCCUCACCAAUUCAUAGACGUUAUCAGACCUAUGAGAGAUCCUUUACCCCCCAGCCUAGACCUUUUCCAUCAAAGAGUCAGGCCAUGCUCCUCAUCGUCAUCACCAUGAGCGCCUGGAUGUAUUAUCCACGUGCCAAAUAGGAGAGAAGGCCAGCAUGUUUGCAGACCAGACCACCCAGACUCGUUUGCUUUGAGACACUUAGGUCUCGGCAGCCAUCGACGGCAGUCAGCCUGGGCCAUGCCACGGCGUGACAGUGGAUGUUGGACAUGAUUUGUGUUCGAUUUCCCCGACAAGUAUGAGAAACUUGCGUUGUAGCCUGGUCAGUGGUCGGCGAAGCACGGCUAUGGUUGUGUCAAUUUGUUGGGAGAAAAUCAUUGGGACCCAGGCACAUUUUCGAUCUGUUUGUCCGUCCUGCAUGUCUUGGAUUCUUGCCGCCGCUGGUAGCAAACAGUGCGC